AGAAGGGAGAGAGAGAGACACCGAACGCGAGCGAGCCAGCCAAAUCGACCCCCCGUACCCCGAAACCAGCGGUAGCACCACCACCCACCCAUGGCCUCCCUGGCGGCGAGAUCCGGCCUCCGCUCCCUGGCGGCGCGCGCCAGGGCCCCGGCCCCGGCGCCGGCCGGACGCCGCAUGUCCUCCUCCGCCCACGACGACGCCUAUGAGACGGCCAAGUGGGAGAAGAUCACCAUCAUGGGGGCCGUCACCUGCACCCUCCUGGCGGCCUGGAACCUCUCCAAGGGCCACCCCCACUUCGACGAGCCGCCGGCCUACCCAUACCUGCACAUCCGCAACAAGGAGUUCCCCUGGGGACCCAAUGGCCUGUUUGAGGUCAAGCACGACCAUUGAGUACUGAAUAGUGCAUCA